GCGCGCGCGGGGCGGGCUGCUUUGCAUGAUGUGCCGCUCGGCCCUGGCUUUUUUGACUGCUGCAUUUGUCUGUCUGCAAAACUGCCAGCGAGGUCCUGUCUCGUUCCUCCGGGCGGCGUGGGUGUUCUCACUUGUUCUGGGACUGAGCCGAAGUGAAGACAGUAGAUGUGUAUCUUCAAAUGCAGCAUCGUGUGCAAGGUGCCUUGCCUUGGGUCCAGAAUGUGGAUGGUGUGUUCAGAAGGAUUUCAUUUCAGGUGAAUCAAGAAGUGAACGUUGUGAUACGGUUUCCAAUUUAAUACGCAAAGGCUGCUCAGCUGAUUCUAUAGAGAACCCAUCUGUGCAUGUAAUAGUAGAAAGUGAAAAUGAAAUUAACACUCAAGUGACUCCAGAAGAAGUAUCCAUCCAACUGCGACCAGGAGCUGAAGCUAAUUUUAUGCUGAAAAUUCACCCUUUGAAGAAAUAUCCUGUGGAUCUUUAUUAUCUUGUUGAUGUAUCAGCAUCAAUGCAUAAUAAUAUAGAAAAAUUAAAUUCUGUUGGAAAUGACUUAUCUAGAAAAAUGGCAUUUUUCUCCCAUGACUUCCGCCUUGGAUUUGGGUCAUAUGUUGAUAAAACUGUUUCACCAUACAUUAGCAUCCACCCAGAAAGGAUUCAUAAUCAAUGCAGUGACUACAAUUUAGACUGUAUGCCUCCCCAUGGCUACAUCCAUGUCCUAUCCUUGACAGAAAAUAUCACGGAGUUUGAAAAAGCAGUGCACAGACAAAAGAUAUCCGGAAACAUAGAUACCCCUGAAGGAGGGUUUGAUGCCAUGCUUCAGGCAGCUGUGUGUGAGAGUCACAUUGGAUGGCGAAAAGAAGCUAAAAGAUUGCUGCUGGUGAUGACAGAUCAGACAUCUCAUCUUGCUCUUGAUAGCAAGUUGGCAGGCAUCGUGGUGCCCAAUGACGGAAACUGCCACCUGAAAAACAAUGUCUACAUCAAGUCAACAACCAUGGAUCUUCUACCCCUUUUACCUGGCACCAUUGCUGGUGAAAUAGAGUCAAAGGCUGCAAAUCUCAAUAAUUUGGUAGUCGAAGCCUACAAGAAACUCAUCUCAGAGGUAAAAGUUCAGGUGGAAAACCAGGUACAUGGCGUUCUUUUCAACGUGACUGCCAUCUGUCCAGAUGGAGCCAGAAAGCCAGGAGCUGUUGGCUGUGGAAAUGUGACCAGCAAUGAUGAAGUUCUUUUCAAUGUAACAGUCACAAUGAAAAACUGUGAGGUCACAGGAGGAAAAAGCUUUGCAAUUCUAAAACCCAUUGGUUUCAAUGAAACCACUAAAAUUCACAUACACAGAAGCUGCCGCUGCCAGUGUGAGGAGAGCGGAAGGCCUGAGAGGCAGUGUGUGGAUGAGGCCUUCCAGGAUCCCAAGUGCUUGCACUGUGAUGAGAGUAAGUGUCACUUGAGUGAACACCGGCUUCCGUCUGAGAGCUGCCAGUCACACAAGGACCAACCCGUUUGCAGUGGCCGCGGAGUCUGUGUCUGUGGGAAGUGUCUAUGUCACAAAAUAAAACUUGGCAAAGUGUAUGGAGAGUUCUGCGAGAAGGACGACUUUUCUUGUCCAUAUCACCACGGCAGUCUCUGCGCCGGACAUGGAGAGUGUGAAGCAGGAAGAUGCCAGUGCUUCGGUGGCUGGGAAGGGGAUCGGUGCCAGUGCCCAUCAGCAUCAGCCCAGCAGUGUGUCAACUCCCAGGGCCAGGUGUGCAGUGGGAGAGGCACCUGUGUGUGUGGCAAGUGUGAAUGCACGGAUCCCAGGAGCAUCGGGCGCUUCUGUGAACACUGCCCUACCUGUCCCACAGCCUGCAGUGACAACUGGAACUGUCUGCAAUGCCUUCACCCUCACAAUUUGUCUCAAGUGCUACGUGCCCAGUGUAAAACCUCAUGUGCUCUUGCAGAGCAGCAGCUCUAUGCAGACCAGAUACCAGAAUGCUUAUCUACUCCAAGUUACUUGAGAAUAUUUUUCAUCAUAUUCAUAGUUACAUUCUUGAUUGGGUUGCUUAAAGUCCUUAUUGUUAGACAGGUGAUACUACAAUGGAAUAGUAAUAAAAUCAAGUCUUCAUCAGAUUACAGAGCAUCCACCUCAAAAAAGGAUAAAUUGCUUCUACAAAGUGUUUGCACAAGAACAGUAACCUACCGACGUGAGAAACCUGAAGAAAUAAAACUGGAUAUCAGCAAACUAAAUGCUCAUGAGACUUUCAGGUGCAACUUCUAAGCAAAGAUAAAAUAGUAUUCUAUGGGAAACUGGAUUUUUAAAAUAAUUGCUACUAAAAAAUAGUCACAGGAGAAGACAAGUUGUUCAAGAUUGUGUCCCUUCCUGGUUGAGUGCUGGCAAGCAUCAUCAUCGUCAUGUGACUCACCUAGCUGCUGAAUUUUUCAGAGAAAAAUGUGUCUUACUACUGUUUAAAGACUAGUGUCAUUGUAGCACUUUACUGUAAUAUAUAACUUAUUUAGAGCAGCAUAGAAUGUAGGUAUUCUGAAGAGCACUGAUUACACUUUACAGAUACCUGCCCUUCUUCUGCUUCCUUGAGAGACACAAUGUUCACAGGCAAAUUAGCACUGUGUCUUUGCAAGGAUGCAGUGAGCCCUGCACCGAGCAUGCAGGUGAGAAGUAUCUAAUCUGGCAGUUCCAUUCUGAAGUGACUGCACGCUUCCACAAUUGGAAGAGGCUAGACAAGAACAGUCAGAUGAAUAAAUGGUUACAGUUUCACCCCUUCAAGAGGUGGACAGAAUCUUAAUUGUAAUGGGUUUUGCUUUUGAAACUGUAUAGUUUGUUGCAUGUGUAUUUAUGUUUGCCACUUUUCGAAAAUGGAUGCUGAAUCCAACCUUCUCUUCUUUUGCCAUUUAUGUUUUGUUUUUCUUCCUUUCAGGAUGUUUAUGUCACAGAUGACUGGAUUUAAUAAGUGCUAAGUUACUACUGCCAUAAAAACCUGUAAUACAUUGUCACUUUAUUAGAAUACUAGUUGUAAAAGCUGAAUGUUAAUAAGGGACACUGUAAAGGAUCUUCUAAAUCUAAAGGGGUUUGUUGUUUGAAGAUGAGGAGUUUCAUAUCUUCUUACCUGGUAAACUGGAUGAUUUCACCAUUUCAUUUGAUCUAACAGUGAAUUGAAAUUGGUAAACUGAAAUGCACAAGAUAUUUAGAAAUUCUGCUUCUAGUCAAAUACCAUAUUUUAAAUAAGGUUUCUUAGGUCUUGAUUUCAAGUAGAUAUCAACAUUUCUCAAAUGUAAAACUAUUCUUUUUUGCUCUUCCAUACACCAAAAGACCUUCUUGCCCUGAAUCUACUGAACCCUACUCACCAGAGUUCAUAAAAGUACAAAAUUGGAGGAAGGUUGGUGAUAAGGUAAGGGAUUCAGAAUAAGCUAAUUCCUCCUUUCAGUUAGCCAUAGAACUGAGUUUAGAAAUUUUAAAUGAUUUCUCAAAAAAAAA